AUGACGGAGAAGGGCGGAGAGAAGGGCGGAGGGAGGAGGGCGGCCAUGUCAGGCGAGGUGCAGCAGAAGUCCCUCGCCGAGGACAAGAUGGCCGAGCAGAAGCGGAUAAAGGCUGAGGUCUUGGCCGAGCUGAUGAGGAAGGACGAGCAGCGCUCAGCCGUGAACGAGUACAAGCUCAUGAGCAAGUGGCGGGCCAUAUUCCGCCAGGCCCAGCAGAAGGCGCUGCGCAGCGAAAUCGACGUGCUGAUGCACACGUUCGAAAGGGUGCUGGACCACAAGGACAGCGUGGCCAAGACCCUGACCGAUGACAUCACCGAAGCGAAGCAGCAGUCCGACCAUGCGGUCCGGUCCCAUCAGCAGAAUGUGGACCAGCUCCUGGACCUGCAGACGACCAGGCUGAAUGCCCUCAGCCAGGACUUCAGCACUCAGCUGGAUGGGCUGAGAGCUGAUCACAACGCCGAGCUGGAGAAGAUUAUGGCCCAGCACCGGCAGGACCUAAUCGAACACCAGGACGCGAUGUUUGCGCUGGACGAACAGCACAGCGAGCUGCAGUCCAAGGCCCAGCUGGACCUCAAAAGCGCCUGCUAUGACAUCAAAGACGAGGUGAAACGGCGGGGGAACGCGGAGCAGACGCUGCUGUGGGAGCGGCUCACGCUCACCUGGCAGGAGGCCAAGAGCGCCAGCAAGCGCUACCACGAGGCAACCGACGGCAACCGCGACGCCUGCGAGGCGCUGCAGGCCCGCGUGGAGCGCUGCACCGCCGAGAACGGCGACCUGGCCAAAACGCUGACCAGGAUGCAGAAAUCCCAAGAGGCCCUGCAGGCCGGGCUGAAGGACAGCCGGGCGGAGGACAAGCUCGCCAUGGCGGCCAUGCAGGCCUCCCUGGACAGGGAGCUGGAGAAGGGCAGGCAGCAGACGUCCGAGCUGUGCAGGUUCCAGGCCAAGCAGGAGGCCAAAUUGAUGAACCUGACUGUGCAGCACCGCCAGGCUUCCAAAGCCCUGCAGGGCGUUGCCGAAAAGGGCAGGAAGCUGGUCCGGCUGGUGGAGGCGUGCCGGAAGCUGGAGACGAAGGGCGAGCAAGCACAGCCGUUCUGUCGCCCGUCCGGCGGCUUGGAGGGGCAGAGUGUGGCGAUGGCUCACCAGGAGGGGGCCUCCGAGCCGGCCCAGCUCAAGCAGGACUAUGCGGGUCUGGAGGGCGUGUGGGACCGCCUCAGCUCAGUCCAGCUGGACAAGGCCUGCCUGCAGAGAUACAAAGCAGAGCUCCUGCAGGAAGGCCGGAGGCUGCGGGCUCUAACCAGCCAGUGCCUGAGCAAACCGGCUGCCAGCCAGUGCCAGAGAAAAUCAGCUGCCAGCCAAUCCACCCUUCACCAGAGCAGCAGCCUGCUAAUGACCACUCGCGCCAGCCAGUGCCUGAGCAAACCGGCUGCCAGCCAAUGCCAGAGAAAAUCGGCUGCCAGCCAGUGCCAGAGCAAACCAGCUGCCAGCCAACCCACCCUUCGCCAGAGCAGCAGCCUGCUAAUGACCACCCGCGCCAGCCAGUGCCUGAGCAAACCGGCUGCCAGCCAAUGCCAGAGAAAAUCGGCUGCCAGCCAGUGCCUGAGCAAACCAGCUGCCAGCCAACCCACCCUUCGCCAGAGCAGCAGCCUGCUAAUGACCACCCGCGCCAGCCAGUGCCUGAGCAAACCAGCUGCCAGCCAGUGCCAGAGCAAACCAGCUGCCAGCCAAUCCACCCUUCGCCAGAGCAGCAGCCUGCUAAUGGCCACUCGCGCCAGCCAGUGCCUGAGCAAACCAGCUGCCAGCCAGUGCCUGAGCAAACCAGCUGCCAGCCUGCUAAUGGCCACCCGCGCCAGCCAGUGCCUGAGCAAACCGGCUGCCAGCCAGUGCCUGAGCAAACCGGCUGCCAGCCAAUCCACCCUUCGCCAGAGCAGCAGCCUGCUAAUGACCACUCGCGCCAGCCAGUGCCUGAGCAAACCAGCUGCCAGCCUGUGCCAGCGCCCGUCACCUGGGCAACGGGGCAGCUGCGGGCUGCGCCGCUAG